AUGGGGAAAGUUGCUGAAUUACUUUCGCAUCCACUUGAAUUGAAAGCAGCCUUAAAAUUGAAGUUUUUGAGAAAGCCAUUAUUUCCAGAUGUCGUGAUUGAAGAAUCUGCCGAUCUUACGAGAUGCCACGAGCUUUUGAAGUUGACUUCCAGGUCUUUUGCUGCAGUGAUUAUGGAACUUCAUCCUGAAUUGCGUAAUGCCGUCAUGCUUUUUUAUUUGGUUUUGAGGGCUUUGGAUACUGUGGAAGAUGAUAUGACUAUCGAUCCAAAGAUCAAAAUCCCAGUAUUGCGUGAAUUUGACUCUAAGUUAGAUCUACCAUCAUGGUACUUUGACGGUAAUGGCCCUAAUGAAAAGGAUCGUGCUGUAUUGGUCGAUUUCCCAUGUAUUUUGAACGAAUUGCACAAAUUGAAACCAGAAUACCAAAGAGUGAUUAAGGAAAUUACGGGCAAGAUGGGUAACGGUAUGGCUGAUUACAUCUUGGAUGAGAAUUUCAAUCUGAAUGGACUACAAACUGUUGCGGAUUACGAUCUAUAUUGUCAUUACGUUGCAGGUCUUGUGGGAGAUGGGUUGACACAAAUGUUAGUUUUGGCUGGUUUUGGCUCCAAUGAUUUAUAUGAUGAAAACGUUCAUCUAUAUGAAGAUAUGGGACUCUUUUUGCAAAAGACAAAUAUUAUCAGAGAUUACGCCGAAGACCUUGCUGAUGGUCGUUCGUUCUGGCCAAAGGAAAUAUGGUCGUUAUACGCCGAGAAACUUUCCGACUUUGCUAAGCCAGAAAACACCCAACAAGGGCUAUAUUGUAUCAACCACCUCGUUUUGAAUGCUAUGACCCAUAUCGAAAGUGUACUACACUAUUUGGCUUCUAUUCAUGAACAGUCUUCUUUCCAAUUUUGUGCCAUUCCUCAGGUAAUGGCCAUUGCAACUCUUUCUCUGGUGUUUGCAAACCCUAAAGUCAUGCAUGAGAAUGUUAAGAUCAGAAAGGGGACUACAUGCUAUCUAAUUCUUAAAUCAAGGACACUAAGGGGUUGCGUAGAGAUUUUCCAAUAUUACCUCCGUGAUAUUAAAAAGCGACUAACAGUGGAAGACCCAAGCUAUCUAAAGCUAAACAUCCAAAUCUCAAAGAUUGAGCAAUAUAUCGAGUCCAUGUACCAGGAACAAUUGCCAUUGGGUGUGAAACCACAAGAAACUUUGAUUUACAAAAAAGUGUUGGAUAGAACUGAAUAUGACUCGAAGGUUGCAGUCAUUGAAGAAGAUGAAGAGUUUAAAUUCAAUCUCGGUUUUACAAUGUUCCUCACUUUUAUCGCCGCUGUCUAUUUCUACUCCAAAUAA